UAUGCUCACGUUUAACACCGUUUAAAUACUGUCAAUGACGAUAGACCGUUAGUGGACAUUAAGUUAUCCUGCACAUUGAAAUAUUGGUGGUCGCAGUAAUGUUAGCAUACAUUUAAACUGGCUGGUAACAGUUGUUUAUCGUUAACUUUACCAACAUAAACGUGAAGGUUCAUUUGUUUUUCCAGCAAGUUAAACUAAUGAGUAAUGCAACGACUCCAUGUGUGCUAACUUUCUAACUUGACCCUGGUUAACUUCAACUGAACUCAUUACAAGUUACGUGGCUUUCGCACCAAAACACGGAUGCACUGAAUACGAAGAUGGAGGUGGCUGCUAAAGGGAAGGCCAAGAGGAGGCAUCUGAACGCAGAGGAGUGUGAUGAACUGAGACGACAGGCAGAGGGAACAUGCGCCCUCACCCUGCCCCAAACCAUCAACCAGGGGCAUGGCAGUCGUAACCCAAACCAGGGGCUUUACCCCAGGACUCCCACCAAGAGACGGAAGUGUGCAGCAUCUGCCUCAGGAAGUCCUGCAGGGAAGCAGAAGGGCAUCCAUGACUUCUUUUCAGUGACUGGAGUCAUCCGUACUAGCCCGCAAAAAUCCGCUCAGCCCUGCUCCUCAACCUGCACUAAUGGACUCAAUGGAGAAGUUUUUCCCAGAGGAAAAUCAAAUGCUGCGGAAGAGGAGGAGGAUGAUGACGAUACCGAUGAUGAUGUCAGCCUGUUAGCUGCUGUGAUGCCUCCCGACCCUGAGGAGGAGGAGGAGGAGGAGGAGGAGGAGGAGGAAGAAGAAGAGAUUGAUGAUUUCACUUUGUUAGCUGCUGAAAAAAUGCUGAGACAGACUGAGACAGAUAAGAAGGAGGUGGACUAUUUGGAGGGGAUGACGGCAGAGAUGUUCGGGCACGAUGACGAAUUUGACAAUCAAGAGGAAGUUGAGCCCCUCCCUGAUGAGCACUUUGGGCUCCUGGGCAGCAGCAGAGUUUUGCUGCAGCCACAGGGCUGCAUUGAUGACCUUCCAGAGGAGGUGCUGAGGCAGGUACUGUGCCUCUUGCCUGCCAGGGACCUCUACCUUAACGUCAGCCGCGUCUGCCAUCGCUGGAGUAACAUCGUCAAGGAUACCAAGUUCGUGCCCUUCAAGAAACAAUACCAUCGCUUCAUGAUGAGGGAGAAGUACACAGUGCUGGAGGUCUUCUCCUCCCUGACGAGCAGCGGCAUAACAGACCCAGCACUUUCCCAGCAGGCCAUACGAAAUUUUGUUGUCGUAAUGGCCCAGCAUAAGGUGGGUGAGCGUGUGAGGCCAGAUGACGUCCUGGAGUGUGUUAAGAAACAUCGCCUUUACCCUCAGGCAGAAGCCUCCAUCAGAUUACGAAUUCCGAAGGUCCCAGAGUGCAUAAACCUAAGUGUUGAGGGUCCCAACCCGUACGCGGCCAUGGCUGUCAUACUGAUCCUAUGCGAGAGUGUGGGUGACGUACAGGCCUUGGUGUCUCUGCUCUCCGGCUGUAUGUCGUACACGGCCAUCACAGAAUACCUCAGCCACGUGGCCAUGAUGUUGCUCGCGAUGAAGAGGGGCAAGGUUCAGAUCAGUGAGAGGUUGCAUUACAACAUCUACUAUGUGCUUCAUUUGAUGGAGAACGGGCCCUUUCCUGUCAGCUCCGAGGGCAGCCGAACUCAGAUUCAGCUCACCCAGGAGCAGCAGCAGAUCCUCUGUCACGACAUCGAGGAGGACCAUGUGGUCAAAGUCAUGGCUUUUGCAGGUACGGGCAAGACGACCAUGUUGGUGAAGUACGCAGAGCAGCGGCCGCACCUCCGCUUCCUCUACGUGGCCUUCAACAAGUCAGUGGCCGUCGAGGCGCAGCGCCGCUUCCCCCGCAACGUGCACUGCAAGACGGUCCACUCCUUGGCCUUCAAAGACGUCGGAAGGAGGUAUCAAUCGCUUGGGAAGCUGACCCCUAACUUGAAGCCAUUCGCCAUCAACUCUGUCCUACCUAAAGGCCGCGGCGGCUUCAAGAAGGCUAAAGUCGUAGCCACAACCCUCAACACCUUCAUGGCUUCAGCAGACGAUACCAUCAGCAUUAGUCACGUCCCCACCAAAGACGUCAUUGAAUAUGAAAAACCGUAUUUUGUCCGUGACGCAGAGAACAUCUGGAGCAAAAUGAAGGAACUAGUCAAGACAGACAACGACGCCUUCUACUUGACCCACGAUGGUUACCUUAAGUUAUGGCAGCUCCAAAAGCCCCGCCUAUCAGACCAAUUCGAUGUCCUUUUCAUCGACGAGGCUCAAGACUGUACUCCAGCCAUUAUGGACGUCAUGCUGUCUCAGCGAUGUGGGAAAAUCCUGGUCGGAGAUCCCCACCAGCAGAUCUACACCUUCAAAGGAGCCGUCAACGCCUUGCACAUCGUCGACCACACGCACAUCUACUACCUCACACAGAGCUUCCGGUUCGGUGCCGAGAUCGCCUUUGUCGGUGCCACCAUCCUCAAAGUGUGCAAGAAUGUUCAAAAGAUUCUAGUAGGAGGGAAACAGAAAGGCAGUGUGUCUGAUGAGACUGCAGACCAGGUUAAAACAGCUUUGAGGGCGGGUGUGAGUCGUCGCCCGGGGAAGACGGCCGUCUUAUCGAGGACCAACGCCAGCAUGUUCACUGAAGCAGUUGAGCUGACCGAUGUCAACCCAAACUGCCGCAUCCACUACGUAGGAGGUGUCAAAGGUAUUGGCCUUGACAGGAUCCUGGACAUUUGGAAGCUGAUGCAAGGAGCACACUAUCAAAUAAGAUCCAUCAAGGAUCCACUUAUCCGCUCCUUCGCAAAAAAAAAAGAGCAUCGCUUCGAGGCCCUGAAGACGUACGCAGAGCAGACAGAGGAUCACGAGCUGGAGGGCAAACUCCUCACCGUGGAAAGAUACAGAGGUCGCAUCCCACACCUGGUGACGUGCCUGGAAAAAUGCUUCGAAAAUGACAUGUACAAAGCAGACUUCAUCCUGGGAACGGUUCACAAGGCAAAAGGUCUUGAGUUCGACACUGUGAUGGUCUCCGAUGACUUUGCCAAGAUCCCGUCCCCCAAGCAUGAGCUGCACCACCAUCCCGCCUUCGCAUUCGAUAAAUUUGAAGACGAUGAGUGGAACUUACUGUACGUGGCAGUAACUCGUGCCAGGAGCUCGCUCAUCAUCACCAAGAACAUCCACCAUAUUCUCACAGUAGCUGGGGAAUACUUCCUGAAGUCAGAGAUGCCCAGCACCCUGGUGAAGGUGGACACGCCUCUCCCAUGCUCCAUCGGAAACUGUCCCAACUGCAUCACACCAGGCUCGUCUUUCAUCAUGUGCAGGAAAAAGCUGAAAUAUACUGAUGGUGAGUCUGCUAGCGGCCCGCUGUGCGAGAGGUGUGUGUGGACACGCAUCGGACCAAUGGCCUUCCUCAUGACAGACGACGUGCUAUCGAUGGCAGCAAUACCAGAACGAUUUGAGAUGCCGCUUGGGCCACACCACGUGAUGCUCCUGGGACUCCUCUGAUGCUGCUUGACUUGAAGAUCCGAAAAUAAAACCCAUUCCAUAAUAAGCCUUACUUCAUGUUUCUGUCAAGUAAUAGCUGAGCAGGACAUGAGCAGCCAGGAACGACGUUACCUAAAGACACUGAAACGGACCACAAACUGUUUUUUUAAUGUUGAAAAUGUUUUGUAACAGAUGAUUGCUCAAUGAUUACCGACCCGUGUUUUCCAGUUUUAAUUUAUUUGUAUUUUUCUCUACAAGCACCUUGUUGUAAUAUAAAAACGAGAUGCCUUUUUAAAAAGCAUCAACAGCUCUGUGUGAACAAUGUGUGCUGUAUUGCUGUAUACAAAAAGCUUGCCUGUAAAAUAUUCAAACACUAAAGAAAAGCAGACUUGCUACUUUUAC